GACCUCACCGUCUCUUACAAGCUCUUGUCGUAAAUUAAUAUUUCAUCAUAAAUAUCACGCAAGAGACUUGCGUCUCGGAAUUACACGUACGUGUUAAAAAUGCGUGGAGAUAUCGUUCUUUCUGCCUAUUUUCUGUCACUUUCUAUUAUUUUUGGAAAUUCCAUGACAGAGGAUGAAAUCGAAAAAUACAGGUACGUAUGAAAUAAACCUACCGAUCACUUCAUUAGCGCGCCUCCUGUUUGAUCAAGUUCUAUUUUAAAAGUGUCCUAAUGGGUAAAUAUAAUAUUUGAACAAUUAUGAACUAAUAACUAAAAAUUACAUUGUCGCUUUUUGAGGUUUUUUAAAACCUCUUAAUAGACAUUCGUUGCGGGAAAAAUAGAUCGAGAAUGUAUCUUAGUUCCACAAAGGGGAACAGCUGUUUUGCUUUAUACAAGAAAAUACAAUAAUGUAUAUUGAGUUUGAGGUAAAUCCCCAGCUACAAGCAGCCUUAACAAGAACAAUAAAGCAUAAGUAUAUACCACUCAGGUGUAUUGUGCUCUUUGCACUGUAAUUGUUGAGCUGGGAGGUGAAAAGAAUUUUUUGUUCACUCCUGAGCAACCAUUCCCCCAUAGUGCAAAGAAGUAUCACACAAGAUUUGGGUCAUUUGUAUGGAAUUACCAGAGAGGGAUGUAAGGUUGAAUCUGCAUGGUGCAACCAGCACCUCAUAAGCAACCUACUACCUAAGCGACCUGGAAUUUUUAGAUGGGAUUAAUUUGCAUUUGUCUACAGGUGUAAGUGGGUAAAUAGUAUAGGGUGAGGGUUCAAGGCUGUGCUCUUAGAAAAAUUUCAGGGAGCCCUUGGGCUCCCAUGAAUUUUAGCGAAGAAACCCGGACCUCAAAGUUGGUCGCCCGAGUACAUCUGAUGAAGAAGUGUUUUGUAUGCACACUCAUUUUACUGCUUGCUGAUCACAGAACUCAGUAAUUCUAGCUUUUGGGUGCGACAAAAACCCUCAUGUUGUCCUAUGAAACCCAUUAAAGUUUUCAUGCCAUUCAGAUUUAAAACGAGAAGCGUGAGCAAUGCUGCCGAAUUGUUCAGGUUUGAAAGAGGGAGAAGUAAAGAUUUCAGCAGCCUCAUGUAAUUUUCAUAAAGAUGUCUGGGUCAAACAAAGGACAACUGUGCUUUUUACCAGUAAUACUGAAGUUGAAAAUAAAUUUCAAAAAGUGAAUCAAUGUGGCGAGAGUGCCAGGCCGGGCGACCGGAAAUUUUUUUCACUUACCUGAAGCUAUUGUUAGUCGCCUCAGGCAACCAGGUGCUGUUAGAGCACAGCCUUGCCUGUUUCAAGUUAUGCUUGAAAAUUUUAAAUACCUCUGACCUUGGUACUUAGCUUCCACCUUAUUGGGCCAAUACUCAUACAAAAGCAAAAGUAUUAGGUGGCAGGGACUACCAUGCUCUGGUAAAGCACAGUCCUAGCAUAUUCUGAUGUAAAUAAACUAAGGAUAACUUUAAACCACAACCAGCAGUUGCCAAUUCAUAUCUUUAAGUAUAAGUGGGGGACCAAAUUUCGUAACAGGUAGGACUGGCCUCAAAAAUACCUUUUCUUGGACCCAAUCCCUUAGGUUCUCUACUAACCAAUACUUAUAGUGUCCUUUUUCAUUUUAUUUAGACAGAAGACAAAAGCUAUGUUUUAUCAUGGCUAUGAUAGUUAUCUCCAAUAUGCCUACCCUUAUGAUGAAUUAAAGCCACUAUCUUGCAGUGGUCACGACACUUGGGGAAGGUGAGAUUUUUGGUCAACCUUAUAAAUGCACUAGUCAGCUAAAAACCCAAAACUACCAAAUCAAGGUAAAGGAGAGGAUUACAACGGGUUUUCACUGCCUCAAUUUUGGUGAUAUCACCCACAUUAGAAUAUUAUUAUUACAAAACAUGAGCCCCUGCAGUACUCAUUCUGAGAUUAAGGAACUUAAGCACCAGAUGUUCUUGUUUCACAAACAGCAUGGCUGGCCGCGCAGAAAUGGAUCGGGGACGCGGUUUACGUGCCAAAAUGCAAAUCAUUGAGCAAACCAAUGUGAAACCAUCACGAAAGCUUACAGAAUAAUUCAUUUGAAAUUAUCUUUCAAAAGUUUGUGUGAAGUUGUGUUUCUUUCUUGCGAAGAAAACAUGAUUUCAGACAAAGAAUUUGUACUUAUGUAUGACGAAUAUCGUCUUCGAAGAACCCAGAAUUUGAACCUCUGGUUUUAACCUGAGAAUUCGCGUUUUGAAGUUCAUGACCGCAACUCAAGAACGUCUUGACAUGAGCAGUGGCUUUCAUGCUGCAAAAAUACUUCCUGUUGGCGUCCGUAGUACCAAGAACGUCUGGUUCUUAAGUUGCCUAUCUGCAUUCACCUGAUGCCAGCAGGGUUCACAGAUAAGGCACAUAAAGUGCCACAAAUAUUGAUAUAAUUUGUCAGUGUUUGUAUGUGUAGAGAAAAUAAAAGGGGUCAAAACUGUGUUUCUUGAGGUCCCAAAAAACUGUUUGUAUAGCAGGUAAUUAAAAUGCUCUUUUACUGGUCUUGGUCGUGUACCCCUGUAACUCUAUCCUUUGGUGCAGGGUAUAGAGAUUUCCAACUACCCCUUUACUAAUUUGGCCUAAUUUUCUUGACUUGACAUGGAGAAAAAAUCUUUUUUAUCCUCUUUAGUUAUUCCUUGACCUUGAUAGAUGCCCUGGACACCCUACUGGUAAGCAUUGGUGGGGAAAUGCCAGUAAUAUUUUAAUUCACUAUUAUUACAUGUGUGGCAAGGUUGCCUUGGCCGCAUUUAGCUAAGAUUUCCAUUAAAAAUGUUUAUUCAUUUCAUUUAAAUGCCGCUUGUAUUUGAAUUUACAAUCACUCCUCAAAUUUGUCUUCCUUGCUUGAUGGCUCAAUGUUCACGCUGUGAAUGGAAUAACCGAUCACAGUUUCUGUUGUCAUGAGCAGUGUCGUGUGUUUUCCUGGUAAUUAGUGCUAGUCUCGAUACAUGGGUCACUUGGAGUUAAGUAGGAGAGGAAAAUCUGUGACAGAUCUUUGCCCGCUCUCAUUGCCUUGCAUUGGCCUUCCUUGGUUUGGUUUUGUGAAUAAACUAAAUUGAAAUCACCUGGGUUGUGUUGUUGUUUUCUUUGUGGACUCAGUCACACAUGUAUUUUUUGAUCUUGUGUAAUAUUUAUUAUUAUUUUCUUGAAACGAUAAAUAUAUGAAUUUCAUUUAUUUGGGCUGCAGGAUGAAGAAAUAAAUGCAGAGAAAAUCAUCACAAUAAUCUUUCCUGGGUAUAUUAUGAACCAAUUUAAUGACCAGCUCACUAGCUUGAAAACUGGUUAGAGCACUGCACCAGUAUCGCACAGGUCAGGGUUUGAAUCCCGGCAGCCUGAAUUUUUCCAGGCUUUCUUUUCAGAACGCCAUCAAGCUGCAUAUUUAACUGUGAUGAUCUUGUCUGCAUUUACAUGAAAAUAUAUUUAUUGUUAUUUUAAUAAAUUAGAAAUGCAAGUAGCCUCACCUCUUAACUCCGAAAUCUAAGCCUUCUUCUUCUGACAAUCACAGUAUGCCCAAUAUUAGUAAGUAAAGUCAUGGCCAAAUGCAAAAAAAUAUAUUUUAUUUAGCAAUAACCAUAAAAACCAUAAGGAAUCUCUCUGGUCUCUUCAUGUUCAGAGUUAUUUUAAGAUUUUUGCUUCACUUCUAACUUUUGAGUCUUGUCAAUGAUGUAUUAAAUUUCCUUUUCUCAGAUUCUUGGAAAUGCAUCUGAAUUUCGAAGGGUUUCAAAGCUGUUAAGUGAAACCCUAAAUUUCGACAUGGACAUAAAUGUGUCGGUAUUUGAGACAAAUAUUAGAGGUAAGAAAAUCUGCAUGCUGAGAUUGUAAGAAAAUUUGAAAUGAGGAUGAAAUCAAGUGUUUCCUUGUCGCCAGCCAUUGUGUAAAAAAAUUUAUUUUUUAAUGCAUAUGUUUGUUCCCAUUACAUGUACGUAAAAUGUAAAUGUGACCCCCUUUUUUAUAAGUGUUUCAUGUAAUAUAUUUUUCAGUUGUUGGUGGCUUGUUAUCGGCUCACUUACUUGCCCAAAGGGCAGGAGUGAAGGUGGAGGAAGGUUGGCCAUGCCAUGGACCCCUCUUAAGGCUAGCUGUAGAUGCCGCAGAAAGACUUCUCCCAGGUUAGUCAACUCUGUUUGUGUAAGUUAAGUUAAAUAAAAACUACAAAUUGCCUGAUUUUUAAUCCUGUACACUCAGAACCUUGUUAUCACAAUAUGUCCUCUCCCUAUAAGAUGAUCCUACAAUAUAAGGGGUCUUCGGGUGUGUCACCUUAAUAAGAAAUAAAAGGUUUAGAUUGCCUUGUUUCUUGACACCUUCAGGAUCUUACAACUUCACCCUUAUAAGUCCCCCUUCCUGGGGGGGUGGUCAUCUUAAUGAAUUUACCCUAGUAAAUGGCCAGAGCAUUUUUGAGUUGUGUUAGUGUUUCCCUUAGAGGGUGGAUUCUGCUUUGCAUGAGUAAUUCAAGGGAGAUUUAUCUAAAAGGUCAGGCCUCAGUAUGUGUUCUUUUGUAGCGGAGUAUGGUGAUGUACAUAGGAAAUGCCUACUGCUGGAAUGGGGAUUUUUAGAGAGUCAGGUGAUCAGUUAGACUCUCAACAGUUGGGCAUCUUGUUAGUUACCUGGGACCGGUUCCUGGAAGGCUGAUUAGCGCUAAUCCAGGAUUAAAAUUUUGUGCCACUUUUUGUAUUUACCCUACAAUGCAUUGCUUAGAGUAACAUUUUGUGUUAUCAUCUCUUUUUCUCCAAGUAAAGGCACAACAGAAUUUAUUCUUUUGUAAGCUCGAGUUACAUGUUCUUAGACAAGAAAACCUUGCUUAAAAUUUGGCUUAAUCCUGGGUUAAACUUAACCAUCUUUCGAGGAACUUGGCCCUCUAACCUUACUCCAUUUUGGGUGUGUAUACUUACAUUAUUGCUGUUGUACUGUCUAUAGCAUUUAACACUCCAACUGGCAUGCCUUAUGGCACUGUGAACCUGCGUUAUGGAGUCCCACCAUCAGAGACUUCAAUCACAUGUACUGCUGGGUGUGGCACCUUUAUCAUAGAGUUUGGAACAAUCAGUGCCCUUACAGGUACUUCAAAGAAAUAAUGAAAAAAAAUUCCGAUAAACUGCGCGGCGCUGCAGAAAGUAAGUAGGGGAAUGUUCAACGAAAAAAGAAAAAAUAAUGAAGAAAAGUGCUGUGUUCUGGUUUAAGUUUGUCUCCAAAUGUUUCGGGGCCUGGGGAAAAGUCCCGAUAAAAAUAAUGUCUCCAUUUACAUUAAAGAUGAGGUUUCAAUGUUUUUAAAGACAAAACUUUGUUACUGAAACAAAAACUAGUUUGCUAGCCAGGACCCGUUCUUAUUCUUUCCUUGAUUUGAAUAUUUGAUUUUCUGGCCCUUUAUCAGGGCCAAAACCCAGGCCGAAAUGUUUGGAGAAAAACUCAAAGCAGAACACGGCACUUUUGUUCACUAUUUUUCUUUUUUUUUGUUGAACAUUCCCUUAGGUACUUAAAGUCCUGUUAAGUGUUUUCUUUUAUAAUAACUGAAGGACUCCAUACAUAUGACACAUUUCCUUUUUGGAGAGGUAUUGUUGCAUGCAGCUCCAAACACUACCCAGUCCCUUUACUCUUUCUUGUAGACCUUAUUGGUACUUAAUGCCGUGGGUCUUUAAUUUUGCGUUUUUGCAAAUGAGAAAAAGAGCUAAAUUGUUAAAGAUCCGCAAAUAAAAAUCCUUGCGAAAUAAUUGACAUUAUUAUUAUUGGAUGAGGUUGAGCAGAAUAUCGUGAGUUGUCUGUGGCAAGCAGAUCAAUAUUAUUUGCAGAGAUUCCAACCCCAUGUGAUGGAAAAUAGGGAGUAAUUAUUAGCGCCGAAGGCGCGAGCUUCUAGGGGGGUCCAGGGGCAUGCUCCCCCGGGAAAUUUUGCAAAUUUAGGUUCUCUCAAGUUCCAUUUCCUGAAUUUUGACAUCAUUCCGGCCUGAGUUAUAACAUACCAUAAUGCUCUUCACGAAGAAAGUAAGUAUAAUAUGAGUGUUUCACAGUGACAGAUCGCCAAAAAUUCUAAAGAUUAGCAAUUUUUCCCUAGUUUUCAGAAUUUUAGAAUAAAUCGGGAGAAUUUGGUAAAAAGCGGGAGAGCGGGAGGCAAGACAUCAAAUCUGGAGGGUUGGAAUCUCUGUAUUUCGGCUGAGGCAAAUAUUUGAUCUGCGAGACACUGACAAAUCACUAUAUUUUGUGAUAACUGAGUUCAAAAAUUGUUUUAUCAUUUGAUCACCAAGUUUGUUUUUUAAUGAAUAUCUUCAAGAAGCAAAGCGAUCUGCCAUUUUCACACAAGAGCGAUUGCAAGAAGGAGGUUUCAUUUAUGCAUGAGCAGCCAAACACAGUUGGACGGCAUUGCGCAUGAGCAGGCCAUUAUUUGUAGGCAGUUAUUUUCAGGUCACGUGGUGGGGCUCUCAGCCAAUGAAAAGAAAGAAAAAUUUGCUUCGAAUGAUAAUAUUAUUUAUUGUUCCAUUAGGUGAUAAAAGGUUCAUUAAUGCUGCUUUUGGUGCUCUGGAAGGAUUGUGGAAGAGUAGAUCAAAACUUGGACUGGUGAGAACGAAGCUCUUUUCAUACUACAUGUAUACACCAGGCCCCAGUUGUAUAAAAGGUGGAUAAGGCUAUCCACCGAUAAUCGAUAUCCAGUGGAUAGCGCAAUAAUUGGUUUCCCUAAUACUUAUCCACUAGAUACUGAUUUAUCCGAUGGAUAGUGCUAUCCAAUGUUUGAACAACCCGGGCCAGACUCUAUAUUUGUCAGUGCAAUGCAUGUGAGUAAAAACCAAGUUAACCCUUUAACCCCAAAGAGUGAUCAGCAUCAAAUUUCUCCAUGUAAUAUCAGUGCUUUGUUAAACAGAGUGGUCAUGAGAAUUAUGGACAUGAUCACACAAUAUGAAUUUGCUUGAUAUUUUAUCAACUUCUCCCCACUACUUCUGCAGGAAAUGAAUAGGGGCAACAAAUGAGAAUUGAAAUUUUGAUCUUGGGGUUCAAAGGGUUAAUGACCAGCUGCCAGUUUUAGUUUGCUAGCUCAUUUGGUUAGAGCGCUGCACCUACAUCUCAAAGCCAGGGUUCAGUAUGCCUGAAUAUUUUCCAGGACUUCUUUUUGCAACUGUAUGAGUGGCAUCUUCAACUGCGAUGAUCUUCUUUACAUUAAAAUGAUAUUUUGUUACUUAAGGUGGGUAAUCAUAUUGAUGUGCUUAGCGGCAAAUGGACAGCACAAGAUGCAGGAAUUGGAGCUGGUGUAGAUUCUUACUUUGAGUAUCUCCUCAAAGGAGGCAUUCUGUUUGGUUUGCCAAAACUGGUUGACAUGUUUAAAGGUAUUAUCACUAUGAGCGUCCGGGGUUUAAAUUACGAGGUUGAGUUAUUAGAAACAGUGCUGCGGUUAAAUCAAACAAUCCUCAGUGAAAUAUGUUAUCAAGGGUAACAAUGGUUAAGUCUGCAUUGAAGUCAAGUGCUGCGGCUCAUCAGGCCAAAGCUUAACUGGGUUCCUGUGGCAUGAAGCGACCAGGAAUAUGUAAAUCCCCGUGGGUGUAAUACGCUUGUGUGAGGUGAGACUGUGAGAGUAAAAUGUCUUGCCCAAGAGCACAACACAAUAACUUAGGCAGCGCCCAAACGUAGACCUCUUUAUACACAGUCCAUUAAGUACUAACCACAGUGACUGCACCUCCUGAAAUAUUACUUGAAAAUUUGUCAUUUUGUUUUAUUUAUUGACCAGAAUUUUAUGGCAAGGUUGAACAGUACUUGAAGAUUAGUGACUGGUAUGUUUGGGCCCACAUGGAGAAGGGCCAAGUCACUAUGCCAAUAUUUCAGUCCCUUGAUGCCUAUUGGCCAGGACUUCAGGUAAAAGAUUCUAGAAUGUGCAAUUCUGUAAUUUCCUUUUUUAUGAAGUAUUCAAUUUAAAAGGGCCAGGCCAGGACAUUUUCUUACCAGUAAACUGUCUGGUCUCUAGAUUGAACAGAAUCUCAAAAUAAACUUUGAAAAAUAACAGAAAGUCAAGAAAUCCAAGAGGGCCAAAAUGGUGAAUGGUUGGGUAAAAGUGGGCAAGAUUGGCAUGGAUUACAUUAGUGUUAAGUUGGAAAGCCUGAGCUAUUUGCCUCUCUUCUCUCUCUUUCUACUGUUGUUCCAUGUUGCUGUUUUUUUUUUUUUAAAUAGUACUGUACUUGAGAGUGUGACCUAUGGUACCAAAAUAGGAAUGUGAAUUUUGAUUGAUGCCUUUUACAGGAAGAGGGCAGAAAAACUACUAAGAUUCACAGAAUCCAAUCCGGCUUUUUUCAUGUGUAAUUUGAAAAAGGUCACACAAUUUUCUAUUGGAUGAAAGGUCUUCUUUAUCUUUUAGUUUAUCAUGUGCUUGUUUCCUCGAAUGUAGACAUUAUGGGGAGACAUUGGCCCAGCAUCACGCACUCUUCAGAAGUACCACAGUGUCUGGCGGCAUUUUGGUUUCAUCCCUGAAUUUUACCAAAUUGCCUCUGGAGAGCCAUACUCUGGUAGGGCAGGCUACCCUUUAAGGCCAGGUGAGAUGAACAAUACCAACAUAACCCUUUGAGCCCCAGUGCCCACAAACAAUUUCUCUAGAAGGCUCUAAAGAAUUUGAUAAAAACGAUUUUCCCUUAAGUUAUCAUUUAACCAGUUCUCUUAGGUAAACCUUUUUCCUUGAUUAUGUACUGAUAUUGUUUGCCCAACUCCCCCCCUCCCCCCCCAACACCAAGGCUAAACUGCACUACUUUUGCCCCAGGGGGUCUGAGUACCCUAAAAGGUACCAGAACUCGUUUUGUGGGCGUGGCUCAAAUUCAUUUUAACCCCUAAUUCCUAAGAGGUACCAAGUACUAGCAAAUACUUCUUUUGGCUCAAUAGAGUACCGAAGUGAUGACGUCAUAAAAAUGAAAUUUGUGAAAUUAUGGGAUUUGUUAAGCUAUUCUGAAAGAACAACGUCCAAGACGCCUACUCGCCAAAAAUUAGCAAUCCGGGGCAAAUUGUCUCUGAGAUAUUAGCCCAGUUAUGCUGUGACGAUUCCAUACAAAUCCUUCUAAAUUUGGCUUGGUUCAUAAGAUUAGGAACAAGGUAAGAUUUAGAAGGAUUUGUAUGGAGUCAUCGGAGCAUAACUGGGCUAAUAUCUCAGAGACAAUUUGCCCCAAAUUGCUAAUUUUUGGCGAGUAGGCGUCUUGGACGUUGUUCUUUCAGAAUAGCUUAACAAAUCCGAUAAUUUCACAAAUUUCAUUUUUUAUGACGUCACACUUCGGUACUCUAUAGGGAUCUUAAGAUUCGAGGACGGCGACGGCAGAGAAAACGUCGCUGAAAAAGUGAAUUCGCGUUCUUUCAGUCUUAAUCACGAUUAGUCCAAGUCACUAACUUUGUCAAAUGUAGGCGAACCCUCCUAAAGUUGAAUUCCUAAGAACCAUAUCUAAAUUCAGAAAAAGCGAGGAAAUUUCGUUGUCGCUUGUGUACUUCCUCUGUACAUCGUGAAAUUAGGCGUUUUCACGUCGUAGUCGUGCAUUGACCGCAAAGAAAUGUACAAAAAAGCGUGAUGCACGUGCAAAAUUGUUGUUUUGCUAAUUAAACCUAUUGCUUUUGUGGCGUCAUCGGAUCUUAAGGUCCCUAAUAUCUUGAACGGCUCCCAAAGGCUAUCAUGGCAGCUCUUACGGUGUUUUUUCUAGUUUUAAGCACCCUACGUUAUACCAAUCCACAAAUUUUGCACCUUAAAAGUUUGACAAGCAUCUAUCUCAUGUUCCUUAGGGUACCCUGGGCCGUGCUCCUCAAUUAUUAAUACUAGAGCAACCUUUUAUUUUCUCAGUGUGGAUGUUCUGACAUUAUUAAUUUAAUUGAUCUGUUGUCAUUUCUUACUGUAGAGUUGAUUGAAAGCGCCAUGUACUUGUACCGUGCAACUAAGGAUCCUUAUUUCCUUGAAGUAGGAAGAGAUAUGUUGCAUUCCAUAGAAAGUAGCGCUAGAACACCUUGUGGAUAUGCUACAGUGAGUACGACCAUGAAAAUUGCAAUUGUCUUUCUGAAAGCCCUUCCCCUUCCACGCUUCGCGUGAUCCGGGUUGUUAAGUCUCCAUUGCAGCCAUUUUGUUGUCAAGCAAUGCUUUUAUUUGGGGAAAGAAUUGUUGCGUGACAACCCAAAAACCGAGACUGCCAGUUGUUCUAAAGGUGUAUAGAUUACUGCCCGAUGGGUAAAGCAACGAGUUUCGUUACUGCUAAACCUGAAGUUGGUGAUGUAGUAAUCUGCGGUCAGGGGUUCCUCUUUUUCCGAAGGAAUACGAAAGUUGGCGGAUAGGCAAAGGGAUUCCAAAAGAGAAAAGGAAGAAGAACCGCCUGAUUGGCGGUUAGUGAUUAGACCAUCGUUUGAGCUACUGGAUGCUAGAGCAGUAACUACUCAGAGCGAGAUGUGCCAACUCUUUCAACAAUAAAAGUGAAAAAAAAAAUCUGUAAGUUUAUAGGGGUCCGUUAUAGGGAAUGAUCAGUAAAUCUCAACCUAAACCCACGCAGCUGCAGUCUUUGUUUAACGUUUUUUAUGGCAAUAACCAUUAUGAAACUUUUAAUGUUCUGCCCCUUCCCCCAACAACGGCCUCUGUACUUAGCUGAUACCUCCGACCCCCUGCCUCAUACCCAGGCGCUUCUCGGCGGUGGUCGCAGCGCAAGGAAGAUCACGGGAAAGCUCUAAAAGCGCAAAGGCAGAUGGGAAGGCAAGGACUCCUUGCGCUUCGGCCUCGACUACCGCCGAAAAUCCCAAGAAGCGCCUGGGAACUAGGGAUUCCUAAGGGACCCACUGUCAAGAGAUUUCUUCAAAUCGCGAUAUAAACCCCUUCACGUGACGUCACGUCCGCCAUGUUGGGUCCCAAAGCAGUCCGGUGGGAGUUGAAGUCUUUUCAUAUGUAAACGCAUUCUGUCUUCCAAUAAACAUGAAUAACUGCUGGCCACACGAGUUCAAUCGCUGUUAAACUAUCCUUAUUUGCAGAUAAAAGAUGUGAAAACACACGAAAAAGAAGAUAGAAUGGAGUCCUUUUUCUUAGCAGAGACGACCAAGUAUUUGUAUCUUCUGUUUGAUGAACAUAAUUUCAUUCACCAAAGAAAUGAGUCAGAGCAUCAUCAAACGACUUCGUCUUUAUCACUUUCUUGUACAACCGGCUCUGCGGGUUAUGUAUUCAAUACAGAAGCUCAUCCUAUAGACGUUGGGGCGGUUCAUUGUUGCCCAUCUUCACGGCUCACGCAUGUGCCAGAGGAGUUAAAAUUUCGACAUUUGUUUAACGUAAGGACUAAAGAACCGCUCAAAGAAAACAGUGAUACGGACGCAAAAACUUUUACCGGGGCUUAUACUUGUAAAGCGAGGCCUUUUCAUAAGAAAUUGUCAGUACUAGGGGCGUUUUUCGAAGGAUCAAAAGAAUUCUCCGGAGAUCUUGACGAACAAAUUAUAGAUCCAUAAAUAUGUUUAUAUUUUAAUAGUAAUAUUUAUUAUUAAAUAGAGGAAAAGAAAAAACAAUUUUCUAAAAUUUAUGGAAGUAAUUAAGUAGCAAGGGUAAUGGAACAUGCAUUCUUUUAAAUGUUACAUUCGUCCUUUAAGAUUUGAAGAACGCUAAAUAGUUAGACAAUUAGAUCAAUAAAUUAAAAUCGAAUGUAUUUUCGCGAUCAGCACGGGAAAAAGAAACUGCAAUUCAGAUUCAUAUUUAUUUAGCAAAAAAUAUAUGAAUAUAUUGUUUGAUAAAUACAUUGAUUAGCUAUAGUACAAUCAAUCGGUCGUCGUUCCUGUUUAUGUCCUAAAAUAUUAUUUUUUGCCAGUAUGUAAUAAAGUUAAAAUAGAUUUCCCAUAACAAAAUGCAAUGUUUGUUAUAACUGGGUAAACUGAUAAGGGCAACGUUAUUCCCUAUUAUUAGAAACAAUAGCCCUUAUCACGGUUUUGGAAGCCAUCUUGACGAGUAAGCAACCGCGUGAGAAAUUACAGUGUUUGUAUGAGAACCUACUGUCGAAUAAU